UCGUCAUUGUGCCAGCAUUGAUAAUUAUUCUUACUCCGUCAGAAAUAUAAACAAAUCCCACUUAUAGAAUGUCAUUAGUCCGUAUACCCAAGAUGGAAGAUUUCCAUACUACGGAGGACAUUGUUCGGAUAUUGAUGGAGGAAGACAGAAAAAGUGAUAUUUUUAAUGGGUACCACACAUAUGAAUUGGCAGACGCCCUGAAAGUUCCACGCCACUUAAUCAAUGAAAAGUAUAAGUUAUCAAAGAACCGUAUACCCGAAGAUGCUUUACGCUAUAUCCUAACUCAUUGGGCAGCCCGAGAAGGAGAAAAGGCAACUUAUAGUUCCCUACGAGAUCAUCUGACACGUUUCGCAGUUAAUAAAGAAGAAUUUAGCUUACGGAUUGAAAGACUCGAAACGAAAGAAUGGGAUAAGAGCUCUGAAUUAUCUCGACGCACUCUUUCUCCUCACGACACAGAAAUGGACACAGACACGCAAAAUAUUAUUAAUGCUGAUGAUAUAAGAAGUCCACGUCUCCGACUAUAUGCCCUCGCCAGCGUCCGUGUGGUCGCUCUUGCAGCCGCUGUCGGCGUCGUCUGUACUAUUUUUCACCCUGGAGUUAUUUUAGAGCUCAGCGCAAUGCUAGGCACUAUUGUAAUUUUAACCACCGCCUUUAUCAGGACGUUACGACGCCCUACACACAAAAUGGAUGGUCCUUCUACAGCGGAGGACAUUGUUCGGAUAUUGAUGGAGGAAGACAGAAAAAGUGAUAUUUUUAAUGGGUACCACACAUAUGAAUUGGCAGACGCCCUGAAAGUUCCACGCCACUUAAUCAAUGAUAAGUAUACGUUAUCAAAGAACCGUAUACCCGUAGAUGCUUUACGCGAUAUCCUAAUUCAUUGGGUAGCCCGAGAAGGAGAAAGGGCAAAUUAUGGUUCCCUACGAAAUCAUCUGACACGUUUCGCAGCUACUAAAGAGAUCGACGUACACCACUCACUGGAAGCUGAAAGAUCGGAAUUGGUUAGGAUUCCAAUCUUGCCGAGAGAGAAAGACGAACGCUUCAAAAGAAUGUCCAUUCCAUUUGGUUUGCAUACCAACAUGCAAAUGAUCGAAGAAACCUGGCGCGAAAUAAUCACAUGGAAACAAGUUUUCGGACUUGGGCGUGCAUUCUGGAAAAUCAAUGAAAAACUAAUCAUCUCUGAAGAAAUUCUAGCAAUAAUGCCAACGACCGUCGUAAUAUUUUUUUCGCCUCCACGGACCACCACCUCAACAGAAGAGGAUUAUCGAACUUUGGAGAAUGCAUCGUUGUCAGAGAUUCAAAAUUCUAUCAGACAAUCCUUUCCCCACUUAAUUACAACCAAACUGGACAUUUUGCGUCAGCUAAUUGUUUACGACAUGGACUUCGACAUCCUGAAACUACUCGCUGAUUCCACAGUAACGUGUAACUUCGUGGUGGACAAUCCACAGCAAAUUGCGAAAGGAUCCAUCCACACAAAUACAGAUUAUGGGUGUAAACUUGAUCUAAAAACAUCAUCCUCUAACACGGAUGAAUAUUUUCAACGAUUUGCGCAACUACAUUCUAAAGCUAGAUUUGGUACAAGUUGGUACAAUGUGGUAAAAAAUUGGUUACAAGGAGCUCUUGGAUUAGCUCAAGAAAAUAGACGAACGAUUAAAGUCGCAAUGUUAGAUACCGGCGUUGGAUUAGACGACUUACCAAAUAAACGUUGCUUCACACUCAUGAGGAACGCUAUGGUUGCUAGUCCUGCUUUAGUCAAAUGCUCGGACGAUUCGACUAAUAGUCAUGGUACAAAAGUGGGCUAUGUUUUAUCCCGUAGUUGCCACCCUUCAACAGAAAUUUUACCAAUUAAAGUACUGGACAGUAACACUGGGGGAAACUAUGACGCUAUAGCUCUUGGAUUACAGUAUGCAAGAAAGGAUAAAGCGGACAUUGUAAAUUGUAGUUUCAACCGGAUGUAUGGAGACGGAUGUGAGCAAGUUGUGUCGGAAAAUGCCUUCUUAGAGGAAUUCAAAAUUUCAAACGUGCUACCUAUAGUUUCUGCAGGGAAUGGGGAUAAUUCCUCAGCUCUGCUCCCCCCUGCGGAUCUGAAUUGCGUGAUAUCUGUUGGUUCAGUGACUUGGGAAGGUUCUUGGAGCCAAUCGAGCUGUGGGAAAUGUCUCGCUAGUAUUGCGACAUUUGGAGAAUAUCUUGCCAUAAGACGCAAUGAUAGUGUAUCGUUUGAGGAAGGAACUUCACUGGCGGCCCCUGCCGUGUCAGGAUUGCUCACGCAUCUAAUUUCGAUUAACCCAACGGUGAAAGAUGUCGAAACUACUAAGAAGAUAUUGAUAGGAACAGCUGAUCCUGUCAAAGGAUGCGAUCAGGGACAUUCUCCUUGCAAGAAGCAUCUUAAUGUUAGCCGGGCAUAUCAAGCUGCUAAGAACCUCUCAUCGGGAAUAAGUGUUCCACCACCAGCCGAUGCUCACAUAUUAGUCGACUUAAGAGCAGUACUUCAAGAUUUACACAACGCUUAGUAUUUUCAUUCGUCCAAUUUGAAGUCUACCCAAAUUUUAACAACAUCCUAAUCCUAAAAUAUUUGUAAUAUAGUUUUUCCACAGUUGUAGAAGGAGACGUACAUACACUUACAUUAUAUAUUGAUAUAACCCUGAUCAGAUAAGACCGGGCAUCGUGGAACUACAAAGAAUUCAACCCACAAAUAAUUGAAGCUUCAAAUUUUUUGUUGCUAGUCUUAACCAUGGGCAACAUUAGUGUAUGUAACAUAAGCCCAAUAAGGAAUCAUGUAUACCCUCAGUGAUUCACAAUUGUUACUUGCUCAUGGCAACCCAAACAAAAAAUACAAGAAUAAACAAGUUAUUGGAGUUAUAUUAAUUAA